CUCCCCCUCACCAUUCUAACCCCCCCACGCUUACUGACCAUGCUUGAGACAUAGUACCAUGCUGGUCCUUCAGAAUCAUGGACUUUUGGUCUCGUAUAAUUGGGGGCUCCCGCUCGCUCUCAACUAAGAGCUUUCGGGCAACCACUCCCACCGAGCGAUUGACCUCGUUCAAGCGAACUUGCAAUACUCUGCAGCAAAUAUGGCGCUCCAGCAAUACCCCCUCCGGCGAACAGUCCGCGACAGUCAACGCGCGCAAUUGCAUUGAUCGGCUGAUUUCCGUCCUGAGUGACGAAUCUCGGGGCCCGGCCCCCCAUCCAUGCCUCGCAUAUGCCUCCUCCUCGCAGAUCUUCGUCACCGUCACCAAACUCGCUCUAUCCUCCUACGACGAUGGCAUGCUCCGGUCCGCGACCGUCUUCUUCAACACCCUGAUCGACUCCGAGGUUGACGGGGUAGUCGACAACCGCCUCUUCGCCCGUGCGCUAGUAGAUCUAGUUCGACGGGCGGACAAGCACUCGGAAGAUGUGGAAGGCAGACUCGUCGAGCUUCUGUUUGGGGUGGCCAACAACAUCCGUCUGCAACCCGAUAUCCUUCCGGCGUGGUUUGCUCCCCGAUCCGACGAGCAGGAGCGGGAACAGCAGAGCACCAAUGGGGCGGAGUUUGCGGGGGCCAUGCGGAAGGAUGACUUUCCGUUGUUCUAUCUGCUGGUGGAAUAUGUGCACCAUGCGGGUCGGGCGGGCGAUUUUGCGCGCACCGGUCUGCUUUAUCUUAUCGAGACGGCUUCGAGGUCAAAGAGACUCGAGCGGUGGCUGAUUGAGAGCGACUUGGCUACGUUAAUGGCAACGGGUCUGGGCGCGCUCUACAGUCAGUUGGGAAGUUUGACGUUCCCUGAAAACACGGAUGAGAACAUCCCGCAUAUUGUCGCCCUGUCAGAUCACGCCAACCAAGAAACUGCUCUCCCUCCGCUGCUCGGCCCAUCGAUGGACUCGUUUAUGUCUUAUCUACUGUUUUGGCAGGAUACGAUUGAUCACUGCAAGUCGGCAGAAGUGAACGGAACGCUGUUGGAUCAUUUCCAGGUGUUGUUCCUGGAACAGCUACUGUAUCCGUCGCUGCUCGAAUCUUCCGAUGUGCAAGGCGGUUCAACGGCCGCAGUACUUACUUAUCUCUACCGGAUCCUAGAGUCCGUUAAUCAGGAAGAUCUGGUCCAUCGGAUUCUCCACUUCCUUCUUGCGUCGCCUUCGGAUUCGGAGCCUGUCACCAUCGACAUGUCUGUCAGUCGACGCAAGUCGUUAGAUGUGUUGGCGGCCUUUUCGGAAGAAGCCGCCAGGCCUUCGCCAUCCUUGUUUAAUCUGCGAGACCUCACUUUGCUCGGACUUCAGUCGGCCAAUCGUCAGACCAUUUUGGCGACGCUACGACUCAUGACUGUUGUCUUACAGCGACAUCACUCUUUCGCACGGUCAUUAGUCCGGACCGUUCCGGGUCAAUUCGCCAAGCAGCGGACAGUCGGCGCUUUGAACGUCGAGCUGGGGCAGCUACUUGGCAUGGCUACGUCGAUAGUGGACGACCCAACAUUGAAUGAUUCCUACGACAACUAUCUCAAGGAUGGGCUAGCAAUCUUGGAAUCCCGCCUUUGCAUGGCCCUUUCGGAGGAUAAUCCGGAAGAUCACCUUCCUCUCGAACUCCGGCAAGAGGACCCCAUCGUGCACGAGCUGCUCCACCGCCUCGAAAACUUCUUUACCAACAGCGUAGUUGUGAAUCUGGCCCUUACAGAGGUUCUGGGCAGUAUUGUUGCGUCGCACUUGAUCUCCCUCGAUGGCUGGCUCUUGGUUGAUCCGGCCAAAUAUGUCUACACUCAAACGGGCGAAACAGGGACUUCCGAAUUACUCGACCAAAUCAGACAUGCCUACGAAGAGCCAAUCUGGGAUAUAGCAGACACACCGGCUCUAAAGUCCAUACUACAGCAACUCGUGCAGAAAAUCCAAACGUGGCGCAAGGAGAUCCCCGAUUUUGAUAUCCUUGUCGCCGCGCGUCGCGACCUACUCCAUCAGGACGACCAGCCGGCCCAAACCCCCAACCGUUCACAACGGGGUUCCCAACCGCCCACCCGGUCUCCCUCACAGCGACCAACCCCGCGCCGAGAAUCUGAAUACGGCUCACCAACGCCCCGAGGCAGGCCCUCCAGUCGACCAUUCGAGCGAGCCACCGCAACGCCCUCCCCAACCCGCAACAAUUCUCGGGACUUCUUCACCCAAGACCUUCCUUUCCGGCCUCCGCGCGAAACCUCCACCGCACGGAAGACCGCUGCCGAAGAACUCCGUCGACGCCUCGAGCAACCUUUUGCCGUGAACACUCCUCCUACCCCGGAUGCCACCAACCCAACCGAACAGAAAUUAGGUGCUGGGGAUGACCACACCGCCGCCGAGAACCCGUCCCCAACCGAGACAGCAACUGAACUUCCGACAACCCCAGAAGAACCCCAGGAGUCUGCUGUCUUCGACGAAGAGGAGGGCCAGCAGGUCGCGACGCUGGGCCACGUGCUCACCAACGUGGUUCUGCUGUACGAGUUCCUGCUUGAAAUAUCGGCUAUCGUCCAGGCACGCGGAACGCUCUUCGAGGAGGCCGGAUACCCGGGUCUAGGGCUUGCUCCGGCGCCGGAGGUCGAAUAGUCAGUGAAGGCAAGUCGGCAACGGAAAUAGUCAUUAGCCAAGAGGGAGAAAAUCGGUUCAGAUGCUGUGGGCAGGUCCUAUGAUGAACGGUUUGGGUUUGGGGUAUUAUGUAAAUGGAUUGGCAGGUAUGCGUAUGGUCCGGGUGUAUCGAUACAACCAUACUCUGUAUUUCUUGUGUGAUAACUUUGGUUAGGAUGAUAUAUAGAAGGCAAUG